UUUUAAUUUUGUUAUUAGAUAAAUGAACUUAAAAAUAUAAAAACUCGAGAGUCGAGACUAGAGCAUAGACAAGUAUACUAGAUAUCGUGGAAGGAUCGUCAACAGUCAGCACGGUUGUCACUUGUCUGUUGCAAGUUGUUUUUUGUGUUCAAAAUGUUAUAGCUACUAACUACGCCAAAACGUUGAGUAAAAUACCCAGUGUUAAAAUACUGUUCAACAAAGAUUGAAAUAAAUUACUCAUUACUAUUGCUUAAGGUUUUAAGUAAUAGAUAAUUUUGAACUAAUUGUAUUAGAUUCCUCCAUCGACAUUUAAAAUAAAAUUGUGCUGACAGAAUUGUCCAUUUCAUUGGUGAUAUACCUAUAGUCCGUUACCUACUGUCUACAAAAAUGUUUGAGAGCAUUGAAAAAAGUAUUGAAAAUCACAUUCCACAUGAAGAACUGAAUGAAGUUCAAAGAAUUUUGUUUGGUAAAAAACUAGAAAAACUGGAGGUACCUGAGUCAUGUAUUAACAAUAAAGAGAAUGUAGAAGUAAAAGGAUAUAAAUUUCACUGUCAAGCUGAAGAAUUAAGAGAAAAGAGAGUAGUUAAAGUUGGUGUUAUUCAGAAUCAAAUAGUCCUCCCGACAACUGCUCCAUUAAUAGAACAAAGAAAUGCUAUUUUCAAAAAAAUUGGAAAUAUUAUAUCUUUAGCAGCUAAAGCUAAUGUAAAUAUAGUUUGUCUUCAAGAAGCUUGGCCUAUGCCAUUUGCUUUUUGUACAAGAGAAAAAUUUCCUUGGUGCGAGUUUGCAGAAUCUGUUACAGAUGGACCUUCAACAAUGUUUUUAAAAGAACUGUGCAAACAAUAUAAUAUGGUGAUUAUAUCUCCAAUUUUGGAACGUGAUGAAAGAGAUGUUAUAUGGAACACUGCUGUAGUUAUUGAUAAUUAUGGAAAUGUCAUUGGAAAACAUCGCAAAAACCAUAUACCUAGAGUAGGUGAUUUUAAUGAAUCCACUUACUACAUGGAAGGAAAUACAGGACAUCCAGUUUUUGAGACAAUCUUUGGGAAAAUUGCAAUAAAUAUUUGUUAUGGCCGACAUCAUCCACUUAAUUGGUUAAUGUUUGGGCUAAAUGGAGCUGAAAUAGUAUUUAAUCCUUCAGCAACAGUUGAUGGCCUUAGUGAAACAUUAUGGGGAAUUGAAGCAAGAACAGCAGCUGUGGCUAAUGGUUAUUUUACUUGUGCCAUAAACCGAGUUGGAACUGAAUCCUUUCCUUCAGAAUUUACUAGUGGUGAUGGCAAGCCAGCCCACAAAGAUUUUGGACAUUUCUAUGGUUCUAGUUAUAUUACAGCUCCAGAUGGUUCAAGGACACCUGGUCUCUCAAGAAUUAAUGAUGGCCUGCUUAUUGCAGAAAUUGAUUUAAAUCUUUGCAGACAAAUAAAAGAUCAUUGGGGUUUUCAAAUGACUCAAAGACUUGAUAUGUAUGCGGAUUCUUUAUCAAAAUAUGCAAACAAAAAGUAAUUUUAAUUUUCAGUACCUGACGGUAAACUGUUCAAUAUACAAAACUCCAAUGGCUUCAAUGUUCAAAAUACCUGUGUUUAUUUGUUUUUAGUGUGAAGCCUAUUGCUUGACAUUUUUUGGCAAACUACUUUAAAAACAAAUCAUUUUAAAGAACAAUUAUAUUUUAUUAAAUUCGUAUUUUAAAACAUUAUCAUUAUCAUUUUCAUUAAAUACUUGUCUACUUUAUACUAAAAUAUUAAA